CCCUCGCGUGGCCACCUCCCCCUCUGCCUUCUCCUACCCAGUCUCUUCCCCAAGUCUCCCCACCCCUCGUGCUCUCCGCCCCGCUUGCCACCAGUUCUUCCCCGCCCGCUCCAUCCGGGUCGCUGACGGCUGUCUCUGGACUGGACAGCGGCGGCGUCCGCUUUUCUCUAAGGAACCGGGUAAAGUUUCGUAGGGGCCGGGGAGGGGAGCAGCGGAGCAGCGGCACGGACGCCGGAGGUGCCCUGGUGAUCGUAGCUACUGGCUGACGGAGGAGGGUCCCAGGAGCCGGAGACCUGCUUCAGCGACCGCGCUGCCUUGCUCUCUGGGGAGGGGCCGCCCCCGGUCGCCUUGGGCUUCUCCUGCCCUGAGGAGCCGGGCGAGUUGUGGCCCCAGUGGGUUCGGGGGCGUGUGACGGCGUUAGGGAGGGGCAGGCCGGGCUGGGCGGAUGCAGGCCGGCCCGGCACGGGGCGCUUUCUCAGCGCUUCCUGGGGGUGAGGGGCGUGGGGCGACGGCAGGGUUGGGGCUCUCUGGCCCCUAGGCUGGAAUGUCGCACCUCCCUGGGGACGGGCUUCCCUCAGGUUGAGGCCGCGGGGUGCCAAGCCUCGGCCGCCGGCUUCUGAGGCUACUGCAAGCGGGCGGUUGCCGUAAUUGUCUGCUCGGCCGCGAGGUUGGGUGUUGUAUAGAUGAUUUUUCUUUCCCGGUCCCCGUGAGCUGAUCUGGGUGCACGUUCAGGGAGAGACGGGGCUAAACUGCUUCUCAUUUCCCUACCUGUUGCUGGCGAGAGGACGCCUGUGUCUUAAAGAAAAGGGUGGUUAAACCUCACGCGCUGAAGUCGGGAUAUUUUCCUGUAUUACUCUUAUUUUGUUUUUUAAAUAUGGGAAAACAUUGCAGAACUCUGGGGAAUUACCGAGUUCUGACGCCCCAAAAGAAUGAAAUCAAACUUCUGUUCAUGGAUGAUGGGUCGUGGAAUGGGACACCUCGGGCACUUGCUAGCCGGAACGUAGGAAAAUUGAGGUUGAAACCUUGCAGGCUGUGUGUAAGGACUGUGGGUGACUGCUAUAGAAUAAGGCUGACUUCUGUAAUUGUGAUAUUUAGUAACGCAAUGUGUCUAUGUAGGUAUAGAUGAAGUGGACUCUGUUAUUUGUGUCUUUCUUUACAAGUGAAGAAAUAUUCAGUCAAUGUGCUGGAAAGUUCUACAGAUUUCGCCAUCAGACUGUCAGUGCCCCAGCCCCCAUUCCUAUUCUUGAAAAAUCAGCAGUGCGAGAGUUAUUUGCAAUCCCCUCCGCCACCCCCCUGCCGCCCGCCAAUCUUUAAAUUAUUGUCUCAGAGGUAUGGAUAGAUACAGAUUGCCCAUGGGAGAGUUUUUAGUUCCGGUUACCACUUGUAAUAAAAGAAGUUGACUUUUGGAGACAAUUGAUAUUUAAACUGCAUUUUUUUUUUUCCGUAGUAUAAUUAUGCACAUUGAUUUAGUUUUAAAAUUAAAUUAGUGAGGUUGGAAUGUGAGUAUUUUUAUUUGAAAAAUGGGAUCUUUGGAGGUGAUUUAAGAUUAUGGUUUGAUAAGAAUCCUCAUUUUCUUUCUGGCCUAUUAAGAAUAAUUGGAAGGGUCGUUUAAAUUGUAGAAAAUUGCUUUAAAUUUCCUUUAUUGGUUUUAUUUCUGUUACAGAUGAGAACUUCCAUUUUCUGUUGAUGUGGAGGUAGGUAUUAGAAGGCUUAAUUAUAUUAGGAGUUGAGGGAGAUUGCAAGGUUAUGUUUCUGCAGUUGGCUAAAUUUUUCAUUGUGUAUAUUUGCUUUUUGGGCAGCGGAAAGAUGGCAUAUUUCUUGCUCCCAUUGAAAUUAUUUAAAGCAAAAAGUAGAAAAAAAUUGUGAUUAAUUUCAUCAGGCUACUUAUUCCCAUUAGUUUAGUCUAUCACAAGAUAACCAGAAGUCAAAACUGGUUAAUAUGUUGUAAAUUUUGCAAAGGAUCAUAGAAAGUGACACAUUUUCCCUAAAAAUUUCUGAAUGAUACAUUUAAAAAAAUACAACUGAGUGGUUUUUGAAACUGAUACUUAUGUAGCAUAUCGUAAAGUAUAUUUAAUGUUUACUAUGUAGCAAUUAUUGUAGCCUAGCACUUUAAAGAGCAAUUAUACAUCCUUUUUUCUUUGAAGCCAUAUUAACUUCUUUCUGUCUCCUCAGACAUAGGGUACCUCCAACUUUCCGGGGUUUCAGAAGAGAAUUUUUUAUUGAAACUGGAAGACCAAAAUAAUUACAAGCAUGUUGUGCUGGGGAAAUGCAUCCUUUGGACAGCUAGGUUUGGGUGGAAUUGAUGAAGAAAUUGUACUAGAGCCCAGAAAAAGUGACUUUUUUAUAAAUAAAAAGGUCCGAGAUGUAGGAUGUGGACUCAGACAUACUGUAUUUGUUCUGGAUGAUGGAACCGUGUACACAUGUGGAUGUAAUGAUCUAGGACAGCUAGGUCAUGAAAAAUCCAGAAAGAAGCCAGAGCAGGUUGUUGCCUUGGAUGCCCAAAAUAUUGUAGCUGUUUCAUGUGGAGAAGCUCAUACAUUAGCAUUAAAUGACAAAGGCCAGGUGUAUGCUUGGGGUCUUGAUUCAGAUGGACAGCUUGGCCUGUUAGGAUCAGAGGAAUGCAUCAGAGUACCCAGAAAUAUUAAAAGUUUGUCAGAUAUCCAGAUUGUACAGGUUGCUUGUGGUUACUAUCAUUCACUUGCACUUUCUAAAGCAAGUGAAAUCUUCUGUUGGGGACAGAAUAAAUAUGGCCAAUUGGGUUUAGGUACUGACUGUAAAAAGCAAACCUCACCACAGCUGAUUAAGUCUUUGCUUGGAAUCCCUUUCAUGCAAGUUGCAGCAGGAGGAGCCCAUAGUUUUGUACUCACCCUUUCUGGAGCUAUCUUUGGAUGGGGACGCAACAAGUUUGGUCAGCUAGGUCUUAAUGAUGAAAAUGAUAGGUAUGUUCCUAAUUUACUAAAGUCACUAAGAUCUCAGAAAAUAGUUUAUAUUUGUUGUGGAGAAGAUCAUACUGCUGCACUAACCAAGGAAGGUGGAGUGUUUACUUUUGGAGCUGGAGGGUAUGGUCAGUUGGGCCAUAAUUCUACCAGUCAUGAAAUAAACCCAAGGAAAGUUUUUGAACUUAUGGGAAGCAUUGUCACUCAGAUUGCUUGUGGACGGCAGCACACUUCUGCUUUUGUUCCUUCAUCAGGACGAAUUUACUCUUUUGGGCUUGGUGGUAAUGGGCAGCUGGGAACCGGUUCAACAAGCAACAGGAAAAGUCCCUUCACUGUAAAAGGAAAUUGGUACCCUUAUAAUGGGCAAUGUCUACCAGAUAUUGAUUCUGAAGAAUAUUUCUGUGUAAAAAGAAUUUUCUCAGGGGGAGAUCAAAGCUUUUCACAUUACUCUAGUCCCCAGAACUGUGGGCCACCAGAUGACUUCAGAUAUCCUGAUCCUACAAAGCAGAUCUGGACAGUGAAUGAAGCUCUAAUUCAGAAAUGGCUGAGCUAUCCUUCUGGAAGGUUUCCUGUGGAGAUAGCCAAUGAGAUAGAUGGAACAUUUUCUUCCUCUGGUUGCCUAAAUGGAAGUUUUUUAGCUGUUAGCAAUGAUGAUCACUAUAGAACAGGUACCAAAUUUUCAGGGGUUGAUAUGAAUGCUGCUAGGCUUUUAUUCCACAAACUUAUACAACCUGAUCAUCCGCAGAUAUCUCAGCAGGUGGCAGCUAGUUUGGAAAAGAAUCUUAUUCCUAAACUGACUAGCUCCUUACCUGAUGUUGAAGCAUUGAGGUUUUAUCUUACUCUACCAGAAUGUCCCCUGAUGAGUGAUUCCAACAAUUUCACAACAAUAGCAAUUCCCUUUGGUACAGCUCUUGUGAACCUAGAAAAGGCACCACUGAAAGUACUUGAAAACUGGUGGUCAGUACUUGAGCCUCCACUAUUCCUCAAGAUAGUAGAACUUUUUAAGGAAGUUGUGGUACAUCUUUUGAAACUCUACAAGAUCGGUAUUCCCCCUUCUGAAAGAAGAAUUUUCAACAGUUUUCUUCAUACUGCAUUAAAGGUUUUAGAAAUACUACAUAGGGUAAAUGAGAAAACGGGACAGAUUAUACAGUAUGAUAAAUUUUAUAUACAUGAAGUACAAGAAUUGAUAGACAUAAGGAAUGAUUAUAUCAACUGGGUCCAACAGCAGGCCUAUGGAAUGGAUGUCAACCAUGGAUUAACUGAGUUGGCAGAUAUCCCUGUUACAAUCUGCACAUAUCCAUUUGUAUUUGAUGCCCAAGCAAAAACUACUCUGUUACAGACAGAUGCAGUCUUACAGAUGCAGAUGGCUAUUGAUCAGGCCCACAGACAGAACGUCUCCUCUCUUUUUCUCCCAGUGAUUGAAUCUGUGAAUCCCUGCUUAAUUCUAGUGGUGCGUAGAGAAAAUAUUGUAGGAGAUGCAAUGGAAGUCCUUAGGAAAACAAAGAACAUAGAUUACAAAAAGCCACUCAAGGUUAUAUUUGUUGGAGAAGAUGCUGUGGAUGCAGGAGGGGUACGCAAAGAAUUUUUCUUGCUCAUCAUGAGGGAAUUAUUGGAUCCUAAAUAUGGCAUGUUUAGGUAUUAUGAAGAUUCCAGGCUCAUUUGGUUUUCUGAUAAGACAUUUGAAGACAGUGAUUUGUUCCAUUUGAUUGGUGUUAUCUGUGGCUUAGCUAUUUACAAUUUUACUAUUGUGGACCUCCAUUUUCCUUUGGCUUUAUAUAAGAAACUACUGAAAAAGAAGCCAUCCUUGGAUGAUUUAAAAGAACUAAUGCCUGAUGUUGGGAGAAGCAUGCAACAAUUACUGGAUUAUCCAGAAGAUGACAUAGAGGAAACAUUUUGUCUUAAUUUUACGAUCACAGUUGAAAACUUUGGUGCAACAGAAGUGAAAGAGCUGGUUGUAAAUGGUGCAGACACAGCUGUUAACAAACAAAAUCGGCAAGAGUUUGUUGAUGCUUAUGUGGAUUACAUAUUCAAUAAAUCAGUGGCUUCCUUAUUUGAUGCUUUUCAUGCGGGCUUUCAUAAGGUCUGUGGAGGAAAAGUUCUGCUGCUCUUUCAGCCUAAUGAACUACAGGCAAUGGUCAUUGGAAAUACAAACUAUGAUUGGAAGGAAUUAGAAAAGAAUACAGAAUACAAAGGGGAAUAUUGGGCAGAACAUCCUACGAUAAAAAUUUUUUGGGAAGUAUUUCACGAAUUACCAUUGGAAAAGAAGAAACAAUUUCUGUUAUUUUUGACAGGUAGUGAUCGCAUUCCUAUUCUUGGUAUGAAGAGUCUGAAACUAGUCAUCCAGCCAACAGGAGGUGGUGAGGAAUAUCUCCCAGUUUCCCAUACUUGUUUUAAUCUUCUGGAUCUUCCAAAAUAUACAGAAAAAGAAACUCUACGCUCUAAACUGAUCCAAGCUAUUGAUCACAAUGAAGGCUUCAGUUUAAUAUAACUUUGGAGUUACAACUAUUCAGUUUAGUGCAAAAGCAUUAAACUAUUUGUGUUUUUCUUGUGGUGAUGAAUUCAGCAAGGUGACAGAAGUACUAUUAUAAUUCUUACUUGCAAAAUGUUCAAUCUGCGAGUGUUCAUGGAAGCCAAAAAAAUUAAAGGAAAAUGAACAAACUGUUAAUAUUACUGUACAGAACCAUGGCUUUUUUUUGACCAUCUUCCAAUAAACAUACAGGUAUUGUGAAUACAUUAAAGUUUUACUAACAUGAAUUUCAAGAGUUUGCAUAUUUCAGAAAUGAUCUGGUGUGAGUGCAUGGAAAUACUGCUUAAUUUUUCUUCAAUCAUUGAGUGAAAAACCUUUAACUUUGGCCUGCAAUAGUCAUUUGAUUAUUUUUUCAUUUUGUAAAUAAUACUAAGUUUUGUAAUAAAAUAGUUAUGUUCUGAUACCAGUACAGUUUCUAUGGUUGUAAUUGAACCUGAGCAGACUUUUAAAGGUUAAAAAUUAUGACUUCAAUCUUCCUCUGAGACUCUAUGAAAAAAAAAAAAAGGUAGCAUGGUAGAAACAGUCAUUUCUUUUUUGCUAGAAAAAGUGUCUUUGUGCAAACCUAAAUCACAAAUAGGGAAUAUACUACAUAACCUGCAGUUCUUUUCUCUUUUGUGAAUCCUGACAUGCUGGGAGAUGGGGGAUUGUUGAAACUAUUUAGUACUGGAAGAACUCUUGUCUCUACAUUUGCCAGUAAUAAAAAGAAACUGGCUACUAUGAGCACCAAUCUCUGGGUUAUAGCUUUCAAAAUUAUUGAUGCUGCAGUGCUUUAAAGCUAUUUCCUUGAAUUUAUUAAACAAAUCUUAACAGUUUUAUGGUGCUGAUGCUUAGUUAUCUCAUGCCAUUAAAUUGUAAAAGUGAGUUGAUGCAAUACAUGUGACUUUCUGCUACAAUGCAAAUAUUUAUUUUUAAAAUUUAUUUAAAAAUGCCGUGAAACUGUUUAAUAAAGAUUUAUUGUUUUAAUAUUUAAA